UUAUUUCAAAUUCUAGAAAGCACCAAUCAUUUAGCUUACAACAUCCCCAUUAGCCUCUCGUUUCCCUUUGCGUUCGAUUCUUCUCUCACUCGUCUUGUAAUGCAAUGCAGACUAAUCUCAAGCUUAUACAACAACCAUUACUAGUCUCUUCAUAAUAAUCCGAUCAUGGACUGUUUAACCUUUAAACCCACUUUUAACUUCUUCUUCUCUAAUCCCACCACUAAUAAUUACACUAAAUCUCUCUACCCUCUCAAUAAACACUUAAAAUUCUUUAAGUCAACUAAGUUUAAAAAAACUGUCACUCCAGUUUGUUUCUCCUUUACACCAACUCCUCCUUCAAAUCCUCAAAACCCAACAUCAAAAAACAAUAAUUUAUUGCAGAAACUCAAGAUUGCAGCUUUUUCACAAACCAAGAAAUGGGUCACUUGGUUACAAUCAUACACUGAAGAAUCUGAGAAAGCAAUGAGUGAUUACAGUGAUAAUAAUUACUUGCAAAACGGAGGGUUUGGAGUGGCGUUAUUGAGCAUUACUUCAAAUGCUAAAGUCAAAAUUAGUCCAUUUGUGGCAACUUUAGCGGCCAACCCAACUUUUAUUUCGGGGUUGAUUGCUUGGGUUUGUGCUCAAUCUAUAAAAGUUGUUUUGAAUUUCUUUGUUGAAAAGAAAUGGGAUUUCAGAAUAUUGUGUGCUUCUGGUGGGAUGCCGUCUUCGCAUUCUGCUCUGUGUACUGCUUUGACAACGGCGGUAGCGUUGUGUCAUGGGGUUGCUGAUUCUUUGUUUCCGGUUUGUUUGGGGUUUAGCCUUAUUGUUAUGUAUGAUGCUAUUGGUGUUCGGCGUCACGCUGGGAUGCAAGCUGAGGUUCUUAAUAUGAUCGUUGAGGAUCUGUUUCAAGGCCAUCCUAUCAGCCAAAGGAAGCUCAAGGAACUUCUUGGUCAUACUCCAUCGCAGGUUCUGGCUGGAGCUUUGCUUGGCAUUUUGGUAGCUUGCUAUUGCUGUCAGGUUGCUUAGUUGCAACCUCAAUACUUUUUUGUAGCAGUUCUAGUUUAGAUUUGCGAAAAUAACGCUACGUAUUUUUUUAAUUGCCAUGGGGCACUGUGUAGUCUUAUUAUGUAUUUUAGUGUUACUGCAGUAACUGAACAUCAUCAUAUUGAGAAAUAGAAAUGAAGUUUCGUUUUUUGCCGACA